GCCAAGCGCCGGAGACCUGGGGUUGGGCAGAGCCCAGUUCCGUGCAACUUUCAAGUGAGUUGCAAACUCCGCCCCGAGGCCGGUGCAGGUGUCCUGGCGCACUGGGGCCGUGGGGACCCGCACGAACGCAGGCUGCGACCAGCUACCCCUUGCCCGGGACCCACAGCGCCCCUGGCAAGGGCCGAACGCCUGGUUCUCCGGGGCAGGAAGUGCGCGUCGGAGCCGUAACUGCCCGAGCGGCGGGGCGGAAGAGCGUGCCGGCCGGUACCGGCUCCCAACUCGGUUCCUGCCUGCCCCGGCCCACUGGUCUCCCCAUUCUUCAGGCUUCCAGCACUGCGGAGUUAGUGGGCGGUGGGCUCCGCCUCCACCAAGAGGCAGCCCGAGCGCCCCUGUGGUUCCCACACCUCCACUGUUAAUCCCAUCCCAGCGCAGGCGUGAGCGUCCCUCUGGGCGUCUUCCUGGAGGGAUCUCCCUUCGCUCCCGAGACUGCAGGAUGGUGUCCUGGAUGAUCUGUCGCCUGGUGGUGGUUAACGGACCUGCGGGCCUGCACAAGGCAUUGGGCACCGUGUGCUUGUCCCCCUGCACUCAAGCCUACUUGGCUGAUGGCGACCCCCUGCAGUCGCACACACACUGCAGGCAGGCUGGUGUUUGGGAUGCUGUACCCAACUUAUGCUUCCUACAAGGCUGUGAAGACCAAGAACAUUCGUGAAUAUGUUCGGUGGAUGAUGUACUGGAUCGUCUUUGCGCUCUUCAUGGCAGUGGAGACCUUCACAGACAUCUUUAUUUCCUGGUUCCCUUUCUACUACGAGAUCAAGAUGGCGUUUGUGCUGUGGCUGCUUUCGCCCUAUACCAAGGGGGCCAGCCUGCUUUACCGCAAGUUCGUCCACCCAUCCUUGUCUCGCCAUGAGAAGGAGAUUGACACCUACAUCGUGCAGGCCAAGGAGCGCAGCUACGAGACGGUGCUCAGCUUUGGGAAGCGGGGCCUCAACAUUGCCGCCUCGGCUGCUGUGCAGGCAGCCGCCAAGAGUCAGGGCGCACUGGCCGGAAGGCUGCGGAGCUUCUCUAUGCAGGACCUGCGCACCAUCUCCGAUGCCCCCGCCCCCACCUACCAGGAUCCCCUCUACCUGGAGGACCAGGUACCCCACCGCAGGCCACCCAUCGGGUACCGGGCAGGGGGCCUGCAGGACAGUGACACCGAGGAUGAGUGUUGGUCAGACACAGAAGUGGUCCCCCAGCCAUCAGCGCGGCCCCGAGAGAAGCCUCUGGGCCGCACCCAGAGUCUGCGUGUGGUCAAGAGGAAGCCGCUGGUGCGGGAGGGCACCUCGCGCUCCCUGAAGGUUCGGACGAGGAAGAAGACCACGCCUUCAGACAUGGACAGCUAGGGUCUGCGGAGCCUGGCCCGGUCUUACCUCGUGCCCUGCAGGGCGUUGGGACUGUUUGGAGGGGACCUCUGGCUGCACGUCUGGCCUGCCUGCACCAGCUGCCUGCGUGCUGCCCUCCUGACUCUUGCUGUCGGUUACGGGCCACGUGUGGGGCUGCACCCAUGAUGUACCAAAGCAGGCUGGGCUCAGGGUUCUAUUUAUUGUCCUCCUCGCCCCUCUCCCUUCCCAGGUAUGGAACCAGAGCCCUCCCCAGACCCCUGAAAAAUGAAACCCAAAGCCCACCCAGCUGUGUUCGUUCCUUCCUGUCCUUCAAAGUACUUCACAGCCUUCUCCAAGGCCGUGUGUGUGUCCUGGUUGUAUGGUUUGUGUUGGUGAAUGAGGCCAGGUUUGUGGAAGUUUUGAUAAAUAAAUGCGUAAAAGUG